AUGGAGAGGGGCGGAGGGUAUGCAGUACGCAACAUUAGAGUGUCGUGACUCGCGGGGAUUCGAAAAACAGAUGAACCUGGCCUCACUGUAGUCACUGUCGUCAGCAGCGAUCUAUCGAACGAAGCUCCAAACUCCGAAGCUCCUUAAGGAGCAAUUGGAACUUGGGAGUGAUAUUUUCUGCCACGGAAGGAACAGACGUAUGUGAAGGAAAGAGCAACGUGAAUCUUUCGGCUGUCACAAUACUGGAACUGAAAACCAUAUGGAUUGCUGUUUCGCUAAUCAAUAUGAUAGCUCUCAAAUUGCGGAGACAUUUCCAAAUGUCUCUAGUCCAGAAAUGUUCGACAGUGAUACUGAAAGUGAUACAGAUAACAAAAAUGUUGAGAUCUUAGCUGACGAUAGUACACUGGCAGUGAUCCCCCCUCGAGAACAACCUACUCAGGCUGAAUUGAUUGCAAAAUCGGAUAAUUGCAUGCUGGUUAGAAUUAAUAAGUUUUUGAGCGGUGUCCCACCUCCUCCAAGACAUACAACAUGUCAGAGUGAUUGUUCCGAUUUUCUACAACACAUUUAUGAAAAUCGUCAAUUGUUUUAUAUCGGAUAUCCAUUAUCCAAUGGAAAUUCAGAAUCUACGGAAAGUACAAACUCUCAGCAGCAGAGAACAACAGAAAUUAAUGAUAAGAAUGUGUCUUAUCAAUGUGCAAAAGGCACUCCGAGGAAUUUGACUAAUGCUUUUGAUGCUUGUGAUUUGCCAGCUAAUAAUGCCGAAAGCACAAAGUUAGGCACAAACAGCGAUAGCGAUAGCGUGAACUUGAACGUACAGCAGAGCGUUUCUAAGGAGAUUCUAAAGAAUGUAGUUAAUACAAUUAAAGAUACAGUUAAAGUUCCGUCAACUGUAGACAAUUCAGAUGUAUCUCACGAGCGAUCUCCUCUUCUUUAUCAUACGAUUGGUGAAAAAGAGGCUAAAGUUUUAGCAUGGCCUCAGGCUUAUUCUCACAAGUUUCAUGGCAUACAUUAUAACAGAAGCAGGGCUGUAGAAGAGUUUGAGAAUUUAACAGUUAAAUUAUGUGAAAGAUACAUAGGAGCUGAAACGCAAUCUACUUGUAAUAUAUGGUUUUCAAAACAGCCACCGGGAAGUGUAAAAAAGCCAAGUUUAUUGACAAGACGUGGAAACGGUCAAAGUCCAGAAAAGAGAUUGACACACUUAGCCAAAAGACGUAGGACUUUCUGUAGCGCUAACUUGCAAGGAUUGGGACUCACUAAUAAAAGGCAGUUAAUGAUACCAAUUAAGAAACUUACACAUAAAAAAGGAAAAAGUCCAAGGGGUAAAAGUCUACGUGGUAAAAGUCCAAGAGGUAAGAGUCCUCGAGGUAAAAGCCCAAGAAGUUCAGCAAAGAAGAAAGUAGUUCGGAGAUUAAUGCUAGAUGAGUCAAGUCCAUGUAAAUCGAAAUUAGAAAUUUCGAAACGUGCGUUGUUCCAAAGUCCCCCGUCAGAUCAUGCUGGCCCUAGUAAAUUAUUAGGUACAAAUAAUACGGAUAGUCAAAAAAUUAAACGCGUUUUAUUUUCAACGCCAAAAAAAAACGAAUCCGAAGAUUCGGCGAAACAAACGUCUUCGAAAGAAGAAAGUAGAAAAAGAAAAUGCGAGGAAGAAUUGCAUGGGCCACGAUUGAAAUGGCCAAAAAGUUUAUCGUUUGAUUGCACGCACGAAUUAAAAAAUACCUCGAAAGUCACAUGGGAUAGACAUUCGUCGAGCAGUAUUCUUUCGAAAAAUGAAACGUCUGUCAGUCAAGGGAAGAAUGAACUAAGCGAUACUCAUAAAAAGAAAUUACUUUGGGCGGUUGCGGAGGCUCUACGAAGCAAAGGCAUUGACAUGAAUCAUCCAAAAUUUAAACAAUAUGCCGCAAACUUGGCACGUACAAUCAAAAAAUUUAUGCCUGAUCUUGAAAAUAGAAAUAUUCCGCGAAAACCUGGAAGUACAAGCGAUCGCAUGUUGAAACUAGCCAAGCAUCAUGUACUGCUUCUCAUCGAUACUAGGCCAAUAAAUUGACAGUACUCGUCAGUACUAUUAGUAAAAUUCAGGAAAGUGUGCGUGUGUGUGUGUGUAUGUGGGUGGGUGCGCGCGCGCAAAAGAUUCGCUUUUUGGCAAACAGGACAUUAUUAAAAUGACCAAAUAUAUAUGGGUGCUUAUAUCUUUAGCCGACUUUACGUGUGCUUACAUUAUGACUUUUACUUUUAUAUAACUUAACAUAAGAUAAAAUGUGUUAUACAGUAAUGAGGUAAGAUUUAAAGAUGGGAUUGUUACACCCACAUGCAGGGUAUUAAACGUUUUUUAUCGUAUAAAUAAAAAUGUGUUUUUAAUAUAAGCAUAGUUUUAUUAGCUUUAAAAUAGUUAUAUUUCACAACUUAUAAAUAAUUAAUAAAAGGCGCUUUUCUGAAGUAAAACGCAAUAACUUUACGCGAGUUAAUGCACGUAUACAUACAUCGAUCGUAUCUAACAUAUGUUUGUAUUUAAGAGACAGUGAAGGACAAGUAAAAAAAUAAAGACUAAUCGCGCCACCACAA